UUUUCGUUGAGUGUCCGGCCUAGAUUGUCCACAUCUUGUCUCGUGAGGCGUUGCGGCUAAGUUGUAAGAGGGUUAAAAGUUUUUACUUUUAACAAAUCCCCUACCUAACGUACCUCAGUUUAUUGAUUGUGUCUUAUAGAUACAUCUCCUUGUGUGACAUUCCGUGUUUUUAACGCCGAUCUUCGGUUGUUGGUGGUCGAUUUGAGAAGAAGACGCCGUUGGAACUUGAGAAAUUGAGUGUGCCCUGGUGUGUCCCGGUCUCAAGACGUGAAAUGGCGAGUGGAGGCGACGGAGAUGGGGACGAUGGGUUUUUUCCGCCACCGACGCCGCCGUUCCAGAAAACACGCCGUCCGUCCACCCUGUUGCCGGACACCGAGGAGAGUGUGACCCAGCAAGCGGAGGAUGUGUUCCGUAGCUACGCGUACCACCGCUUCCAGACCGAAGCUCAGCACGAUGCCGAGAACGGCCUCUUCACACCGGCGAUGCCCGAGAUCAUGGAGUGUCAGCAGAACCCACUAAGCCCGUCCAUGCACGUCGGAAGGCAGCUGGCCAUCCUGGGAGACGACAUUAACCGACGCUACGAGCCGGAUUUCCAGCGCAUCCUCUCUCAGCUGCAACUCACGCCUGAGACAGCGCACCAAUGUUUCAACAAAGUGGCUGAGGGGCUGUUUGCGGACGGAGUGAACUGGGGCCGUAUCAUCGCCCUCAUGUGCUUCGGUUACCGUUUGGCGGUGACGGUGUUUGAGCGCGGAAUGCGCGGCUUCUUUGGCCGCGUCGUCAGCUUUGUCACCGGAUUCCUGCGCUCCAGCCACACAAUCGCACUGUGGAUCGUGAGCCAGGGAGGAUGGAUGGCUGUCAUGCGGGUCGGAAAUUCAAACAUUUGGAUGUUUGGAGCAAUCAUCACCUUGACCGUCCUCUUUGUGGUGCUGAAAAACAAGUAUUCUUCAUCCUGAGAAGACCUGGGCUUUGCCACCACCACCACCACCACCACCUCCUCUUACUCUCUCCCUGUUUUUUUGUAUUUUUGUUUACCUAACAAACGUCUACCUUAAUCGGACAGGUUGGUCAAACGCAGGUUUCCUCUCGCUCUACGUGGUAGUAGUAGAUGCGUUCCAAAAAAAAAGGGGGGGGGCACAAAGCGAAACCGCACGAGGAGACGGCUGCCUGCCGAGUAAUGCACUCGGUCCACACACACACAAUGGUGUAUCUGUGUGUGUGUGUAUCUCUGUAGAUUUCUGUGUGGGUGUGUAUCUGUGUGUGUGUGUGUGUAUCUCUCUGUGUGUGUGUGUCUCUGUGUGUGUGUGUAUCUCUGUGUAUAUUUCUGUGUGUGUGUAUCUCUGUGUGUAUCUCUGUAGAUUUCUGUGUGCAUCUGUGUGUGUGUGUAUCUCUGUGUAUAUUUCUGUGUGUGUGUAUCUCUGUGUGUGUAUCUGUAUAUUUCUGUGUGUGUGUAUCUCUGUGUAUAUUUCUGUGUGUGUGUAUCUCUGUGUGUGUGUAUCUCUGUAUAUUUCUGUGUAUGUGUGUAUCUCUGUGUAUUUCUGUGUGUGUGUAUCUCUGUGUGUGUAUCUCUGUGUGUGUAUCUCUGUAUAUUUCUGUGUGUGUGUGUGUGUGUAUCCCUGUGCGAGACAGCCACCUGCCUAGUAGCGUGCACAGUACACGCCGUACACGCACGUUACAUGCAGUACACACACACGGUACAUAAUACUGUCCCACGUCCGACCGCAUAGCCGCAUGUCGAAAUGGGUUUUGGCCGCGCGUGCAGAACGCAAAAUCGCAAAAACCCAAACCCGCGUAGAGCGAGGUAAUCCUGCAGCUGUUCCCUGAAGCGACGGACAUCAGCUCACCGGAGUUGGCGUUUGCGCGUGAAUAUUCGGACUGCACGUGUGAAGCACAGCGCGCUGUUCACGCAGCGUAGCGGCGCGGGACGUGGCGCUUGAGCCUCUCCGUUUGCUGGGAGGCGACGCAGGGAAUUGCCACUCGGGCGUUUGCGAGUUUGGUUUCGGUGGCCCCUUGCCCUAAUGGCAAGUGAAUGCGUUAGGAAAGAAAUGGUGAGGGAAAGCGGGGGGGUGGGGGGUUGGAAACGUAGCCGACCGUGGCUGUCUUGUAUACAUAGGCAAAUGUGUAUAAAUGCCGAGGUGGAAAUGUUAAAAAAAAAAAGUUUAGCGUCGAGGGCGUUUUUUUUUUCUUCUAUCAAACGACAGAAAUUGCCGCCAAACCUUUCGCCCGAUGAAAACACGGGCGUCGAAAUCUACCACGGUGCUAAACCCAUUCACAACGCAAUAUGAAUAUGUGCAAUGGACUGACCCUUUAUAUAAAUUGCACAAGCGCCGUCAAAAGCCAUUCAAAAUCACGCCGUCUUGCCUGAACAUUCCACGUUAACCGUUUUAACGCUUCAAGGGGGAAAGCAUAUCGUGGACUUCCCGCGCGCGGAUCAAUGGUGUUUCCUAUUUGGGAUGACGCCCCUCUAGGUACACAAUCCGGGACAUGUGCGCAGAAGAAUAUCUCACAGUAGCAGGAGCGUUGGGGGGUGGGGGGGGAAAACGAGACGUUAUUGUAUUGAGUGGUGCAUCAUGAUGUUACUGACAAGAACCAGGAUAGUCUUGGGAAGACAAUAUCCCUGGACAGAAGCUUCCACGAAUAAAAGGAAAAGUUCUAGGAAAACCAGGACAAGGUUGGCAACACUAAUAACGGAUGUGCAUCGGUAUUCCUGCGGGGACAGGUUCAGUGGAAUUUGGUGGCAUUCAAAUUGGGUUCUGAUGAAGUCUGUAUGGGACAGUAUGGAAUUCCAGUGGGGAAUUGGAAGCGUUCCGAUGUAAACGUACGUCGUGUUUUUAGUGGGAGCAAGUCGCGUGCGAGCGCGAAGAUUAUGCAAGAGGGUGUUGAGGCUUAAAGAUAUCUUGUGUAACAAUACGAAAAAAACUUUAGCGUUCGGAUGUGUGUGGGGAGAGGGAGGGGGUGAAUGUCUUGUCUCUUAAAUGUUUCUAUAGAACCCUUUGUUUUUACGAGUACCGGUUGCAUUGCAUGCAAGCGUUAAACUUUCAUUACUUUGUAUCAAUAACGUGGAAUGAUUGGCGUCGCGCGGAGAAAAAAUAACUUCUGAGCCCAGAAACCUCUGCAAUAGAUUUGGGUUCAAGCCUUUUGGGGUUGAAUCUCUCUGAAGGGUUCGUAAUGGUCAUGUCAGAGCCGCUGAGCCGUUAAACCCCCUCAAAGUCUUGGGUUGGAGCCCCUGGGUGGAAUGGUGAUCUUCUUAAAAUCCUAUCUUUAAACCUGGUGGUAACGCAACUUGAAUUGGGCCAUAACCGACAGACUCUGGGGGGGCUACAAAGUUAGAGAGAAUAUCCCUAAUGCAGUGUGACUGACCCAAGGGAACGCAGCCUCGAUGGUUCCUUAUUCUUUGACGGGUCCCCAAAAAAAAAGACCAAAAAAAACCCCAACAAAAUAUGAAAGUAAAUUAUUACAAUUGCAAUUCCACUAACUGUUAAAGGAGUGUGUAAGAUAUUUAAUUUUUCAGAAUGUCUGCAUGCCUUUUUAAAAUUUGCGCUCCGUUUUAUAAAUUAAAUGUAACGUGUACAUUUGUUUUUAAAAGCGCGUAGUCAAGCGGGUGCUCGUGACGGUGAUGUCGUAUUUGAAUCGCGACGAUUGGCACGCGCUUGCGCGUACAUUUUUUUUUCUCUGGGCUGGUGGAUUUAUACACGGGAAGAAAAAUAAAGACAAUCAAUGAGG